AUGAAGAGAGUAGCUGUCACGUAUCUGACAGAUGAAUUUAUUCACUGUGGUUUAGCACCCAGGGUAUAUAUUAUCAUCUUCAGCAAGAAACUGAAAUUGUAUUUGACCUUCAACAGGCUAAAACCUCCUGAAUCAAGUCAGAUCAUUACAGAACGUCACGAGCACGCCCUCGGCGCCCCACUGCCGCAUCCCCCGAGCGCCCUCGCGCGAGCCUGGUCCUGGCUGGGACCUAGAGACCCAGUUGUUCCUCCCCGGAAGUAUGCUGUAGUUCCGGGAUCCGGGUCUACGCUCGGGCGGCCACAGGUCUGCCCACACAGAGGAGGACCUAAUCGACUCUCUCGACGAUCUUCGCGUCCUGGCCCCGCCCCCCCGCCCGGCGCCAGGCCGCGGAGCGCCGAUGGGCUCGAUGAGCCGGGGGCGCCCUACGGCGGAGCGGCGGGGGACGGGUCUGCGGCCGCUGCCUCGGGCUCCCGCCUUCCUGCCUGCUGCCCGCUCCUUCCCCCGCCCGCCCGGCAGAGCCUGCUCUGGAGAGCCGCCCGAGCUCCCCCACAGCCACAGAGAAAUCUUUUGGAAGAUGAUUCAGAUGAAGAAGAGGACUUUUUUCUAAGGGGACCAUCUGGACCAAGAUUUGGACCGAGAAAUGAUAAAAUUAAGCAGUCUACACAGCAGUUUAGGUUGCCAUUGGUUACAUUCUUCACAGUGUGUGUACCUUCAAAGGCCGCAGAUGAGGGUGUAAAGUAUGAAAACUUCUCUAUGAGAUAUGGUGUUCAGAAUCAGGUGGAUGAAGUUAUUGAUGUCAUGCAAGAAAAUAUCACAAAGAAAGCUUAUCGGAUAAUGCAACUGCUUUUAGCAACAGAUCCAAGCAACUUCGAAGGCAAAUGUGGUGGCGUGGAUGCAAAGCACCAUUCCCAGGAGUGGCUGCGGCGGGCUGGUAUUCAGCCACUGUUUCGUCAGGGAGAAGCAGCCAGCUGCACAACCUACUCACACCUGUGGAACCAGAGAAUAAUGGCGAACUUGGCAAAAGCUAAGUACUUAAUGUUUAUUUUACUGUGCUCCCCUGCCCCAAGCCAGCUUCAGAGGCUGGUGAUUUCCCUGGGCCUGAGAUAGGCCCUACUGAGCACCAGGAACCAUUCUUGUGGCCCUGGAGAAGGAAUAAAUUUGCAAUUCGGGAAAAAGAUAAUGUGCUAGCUCCACUAACCUGGGGAGCUCCGGACAGAAGCACCUCCUGUCCAGGUGUAAACAGUUGUUGGACUUUGAGUACUUUUCCCCCCUGCAUGGACCUGUGGGCCUAUUUCAGAAUAGGCCCUUGUUGGCAGACUGCAACUGUUUCAGCUGUGUGGUAGAGAGGUGCGUCUUCAAUAUUUGACACUGCUUUAGCUAUUAAACAGAGUCCUCACCUACCCACAUUUGGGGCCUAAGGACUGGUGGCUCCACUUAGGUCACCCAGCCACCCACGACGGGUGUAAGGAUAACUGGUACCUCCCAGUCCUUAAGACCCAAAGCAUAUGGGUGCCCACGGCCCAUCUGCAGAACCCACCCACCUGUACGCUCUAGGGAACAGGGAUGUGCUUUCCUCAGAGACACUUGGGGGAUGAAUCUCAGCCCCUUGGCUUGUUCAGAGCUUGACCCCCUGCUGCAACCAGAUACAGAUACCUACACCAAUCAUUGCUGCCGGUCUAAGACUGUAGGACAGAGCCUGUACCACACACUUGAUGAGCAGCUACCUGGACAACUGAGCUGAAUCCAUACAAGAAAAGUGAAUGGACUCCUAGACUGAUAUACCUGAUAAUACCUCUAGCCAUCUGGUGACAGGACAUCAGAGCUUCAAAGGCAAAGAUAAUCAAGCUAGCUCAUUCAAGCAACCCAUUUGGGCAUAUCAAAACAAAACAAAAACCAAGAAGCUAGGAUACAGUAAGCAAACAUUAAAUAAACUAAUAUAAUAACUUCUAGAUGUCUCAGAGACAACAGGUCAAUAUGAAAUCACAUAAAGAAACAGACUGAACACUUCAACAAGCUCUCGAAAGAAUCCAGAGAUCUUCUAGAUGAGAGUGCUCUCCUGGAAUUAUCGGAUGAAGAAUACAAAAGAUUAAUAUACAGAACCCUUUAAGACAUCAGGAAGGUGAUCAUGGAAUAUGUGGAACAAGCCAAGAAACACACAGAUUAAACAGUUGAAGAAAUUAAAAAGGUUAUUCAAGAACAUAAUGAAAAAUUUAAUAAGCUGGAAGAAUCUAUAACGAGACAGCAAUCAGAAAUUCAGAAGAUUAACAAUAAAAUUACUGAAUUAGACAACUCAAUAGAAAGAGAAGCAAAAUUGAGCAAGUGGAAGGCAGAAUUGGUGAGCUUGAAGAUAAAGCACUUGGCACCAAUAUAUUUGAAGAAAAAUCAGAUAAAAGAAUUUUUUAAAAAUGAAGAAAACUUCACAAUCAUUUGAGACUCUAUCAAGAGAAAUAACCCAUGAGUGAUUGGAGUACCAGAACAGAGAAGGAUAACAGAAAAUAGAGAAUUGUUGAGGAUUUGUUGACAGAAAACUUCCCUGAUAUCAUGAAAGAUGAAGAUAUCUAUCCAAGAUGCUUAUCGAACUCCACAUAAGGUAGAUGUUAAAGUCAACAAGACAUAUAAUCAAACUUGCCAAAACCAAAGCUAAAGAGAGAAUUUUAAGAGAAGCUGGGGAUAAACAAAAAGUCACCCACAAAGGAGAGUCAGGACUACUCAGCAGAAACCAUGCAGGCAAGAAGGCAAGGGGAUGACUUAUGUAAAGCAUUGAAGGAAAAAAACUGCCAUCCAAGAAUCAUAUAUCCAGCAAAACUCCCUCAAAUAUGAAGGUGAAAUUAGGACAUUUCCAGAUAAACAGAAGUUUAGGGAAUUCAUAAAAGCCAAACCAAAACUACAAGAAAUAUGAAAGGCAAUUCUUUGGUUAGAAAAUCAGUACUAUCAGAUAUCAACCCAAGACUAGAAUGCUGGACAGAGCAAUCAGAUGUCAGCCCAGACAGGAAAAUCACAAAAAUAAAUCAAGGUAAAAAACCACUCAAAACAGGGAAACAGUGAUGUUAUUCUGUAAAAGAAGACAACAUUCAAACAAUAAAGAGGAACUAAGAAAUGUAGUCAUAGAUCUUUCAUAUAGAGAGGAAGACAAGUUGAUAUAAAGAAAUAAAAGUUAGGUUUAAAUGUAGAAAAAUAGGAGUAAAUAUUAAGGUAACCCCAAAGGAGACAAACUAUCCUACACAGCACAAUAAAAUACAAGAAAAAAAUAGAGACUCAGCAGAAACAAAAUCAGCAACAACGAAUAAGAGGAAAAGACAGUAUAUAAACUACUCAGCACAAAAAAUUAAGUGGGAAAAAGAAACUGUCAACAACACACAAAAAAAGACAUCAGAAUGACAGCGUUAAAUUCAUACCUGUCCAUAAUUAUGCUGAAUGUAAAUGGACUAAAUGCACCAAUAAAGAGAGAGUGGCAGAAUGGAUAAAAAAAACAUGAUCUGUCUAUAUAUUAUCUACAAGAGACACACCU